GGGCAGCAAUGAGAUUAGAUCAGAGCCUCAUGGAUCUUCUGCUCAAAUGACUUUUACUCUUCUUCCCCACAUAACGGUCCUCAUCAGGAGAAGAAAAGGAGGCUUUGUUCUUCCCCUUGUUGCCCUUUGGACUUACAGGACCACAACUGAGAAGUACUGCACGAAGUAAUGCCACUGAAUGGGAUAACUGGGCCUAGAUGAUUUUUAUAAGACGCUUCAGGUGGCUCGGCAAGGUGCACUGAGUCGAUGGAGCUUUUUUUCCGGCAGUGUUUCCUCCCCUGUUCUUCUGUUAACGUCUGAUGAAGACUGCACCCUGGUUGAUACGACUCGCACUUCUGAGUGUUGAAACUACGUAAAUUCCCUUUGUGUUUUCUAAUAUUCUUGUGCGCUAUUGUUAUCCCAUUUCGGACUGGUUGGUUGCUAUGCACAAUUAACAGCCAGCACUCACAGAAAACCUAACAAAAGUGUCUUGAAAGUGCAUCAUGGAUGCUAAUAGUGCUCAGCUAAAGACUAAGCUGAAAGAGCGACGCUCUACCAUCAAUGUGCUGGGAGCCAGUUUCUCACAGUCCAUUGAGGAAGAAAAGGCCUUCUAUUUCUCCCAGGGCAGUUCUGUUAAGCCAUGGAACUCUUUGGAACACCUGGACAGCCCUGCUCCUGAGGGCCAGAUCCCAAGACACCAAAAAGAGACGUUGAGACCACAACAGAACAUUAACAUCAACGUAGGGGGAAAAGUCUUUCACAUUCCCAAGAAGAUGGCCGUCAGAUUCCCUCGCACACGGAUAGGCUCCUUGGCCCUGUGCACAGACCGCGUCAAACAGCUCACUCUGUGCGAUGACUACUCGGUGCUCAGCAACGAGUUCUUCUUCGAUCGCGACCCAACUUUCUUUUACUACAUCUUUCAUUUCUACAGCAGUGGCGUUCUGUGGGUGAUGCAGGAACUGUGCCCUAUCAACUUCGAGGAGGAGAUGCAGUACUGGGGCCUGAGCUGGAAUGACACCCAGCGCUGUUGCCGUAUCCUGUUUGAGGAGAAGGUGGAUGAACUCCGGGACAAUCUGAAGGUGGAAAAGGAACUCUUAGCAGAGAUCGAGAUAAAGCAUGAUGAGGAAGGCUACAAGACCAUGUUCCUGGGUGGAAUUCGCAAAGACCUCUGGGACCUGAUGGAAAAUCCUUACUCCUCGCUGUCGGCCAAAUCCUUUGCAGUUUUCUCUAGCCUCCUGGUGCUCAUCUCCAUCGUGGCUAUGACCCUCAACACUGUGAAGGAACUGAGGACCCACACCCUCUCUGGCAAGACCUACCUGGAAUGGGUAGAGAUUUUCUCUAUUCUCUUCUUCACAAUCGAGUACUUCAUGCGCCUUGUUACAACUUGUGACAUAAAGCACUUUGUCAAAAGCUCCCUGAACUUGGUGGACCUGGUGGCCGUCAUGCCCUACUUUAUCCAGCUGAUAUUUGAAGCGUUUGCCAACGUGGAGGACCUCAGUGCCCAGGAAGAUCUCAAAACCCUGGCUCGUGUCAGCAAGGUCAGCAAAGUGCUCAAAGUUGUCAAGCUGAUGCGCAUCUUUCGCAUCCUGAAGCUGGCACGUCACUCCACCGGCAUGAGGGCGUUUGGGUUCACCCUGCGCCAGUGCUACCAGCAGGUGUGUUGCCUUUUCCUUUUCAUCGCCAUGGGCAUUUUCAUGUUCUCUGCCCUCCUGCAUUCGGUAGAACGGGAUGUCGAAGGCUCUCCAUUCAGGAGUAUUCCUGAUACCUGGUGGUGGGCGACUGUGAGCAUCUCCCAAGUGGGUUAUGGGGACGUGGUGCCCGUAUCCCUUCCUGGCCGCGUGGUGGCAUUCUCCUGCAUCUUCUUCGGCAUCAUUCUCAAUGGCAUGCCCAUCUCUCUCCUCUUCAACAAGUUCUCAGACUACUAUGCCAAGCUCAAGUACCAAGAGUCCACCUCAACCGGUGUGAAACGCCGCUUGAUGCUCAAGGCCCGUCUCCGUCGCAAACUGGACGUGUGCUUCAAUCCCUCUAUGGGCGACCUGGAGGAAGGCAGGAGCCACUGAGCUCUAGACAGGAUGUACUUUUUUGACAUUGCAGGGGGUAUUUCAAGACUUCUCUACCAAAUCACCAGUGGGGAGGUGGGGUAUGGUCUGGACUAAUAGGAGUGAGAUGGAGCUAAUGAUAAGGACAGGGGACACACAAAGCAGACUCAGAGAGAGGAUGUACAAGGGAGGAUGUGGGUGUCACCUUAUGCAGUUCCUGUAAAGUCAAUGGUAUGUGGUGUAUUGUGCAUAGUGUGUUUAAGCGUGCAGACCAGAGUGUUGUAAGUUACAGUAUAUUUUAAAUGCAGUAUACCAUGUUGCAAUCUUUGCACAAAUUAAAGCUGAUUCUUGUCAUAGUC